AAAUAAAGAUCUCGACAUUUCCGCCAACCAUUCCCUGUUUUGUCGGAUCCUUGAAUCUUCCGAAGAAAUGAAUGCGUCUCUGAGAGGAAGACAUUCAAACUGUAAGAGCACUGCCGCCGAUUAUGCAGCCGUCAACGCCGGCGAUGUCAAACUACGCGCCUCCAUGACUGACGCCAGGAUUGUCAACGGUCCCAGCUUGAACGGUUUAACUUUUGCCAUUAAAAAACCCGGUUUCUACCGUUACAUCCCCCAAAAGUUAAUGAACUCAUUUAGGUUUGCGAAGAAUCCAUUGAAGCUAAGUUACGGUCGCAAGAGAGGGGACAAACGGACGGUGGUCGACGGGGCUCUGGUGUUCGAUUCCGGUAGCCAGGUGUCGGCUUCUUACAUGGUUGGUACGAGGAACUGUAAGCUCAAGUAUAGUUACUUGCAUGGAGGUGUUACGACAUUGGAGCCUUGCUAUGAUUUGGGGAAGAAUGUGUGGGAUUUCGCAAUUUCGAGGAGAUUAUACGAUAAUGUUUUUAAGGCGACUUAUCAGACAUGGAGCAAGAAUUUGGCUUUGGAGUGGUUGAGAAAUCAUGUGUUUAAUGGGACUUUUAAGAUGUCAGCAUCCGUCAACCUGGCUGAAGAAUCUAAGGACCCUAAAUUUAUUGCUGAGACUACUUGGGAAUUGGAAAUGUGAUUUGUUGUAAUCUUUAUCCAUUUGCAUUUAGAAUCAUAUAAAAUUUGGAGAAACAGCUUACUGUAAGCUGCUCCGAUAGUACCAUCUCAAUGGACUGAUUACCUGCGCAGGGAAUGCUCUGUUGUGUACUGUUCACUGUACCAAACUUGUAGUACUGUCGUUUAUUGAUAAUGAAUUUCAGGUCUCCCUCCUGGCAA